AUGGAAGCUGAUCUGAUAGCUGCUCGUUUUGAACUCGACGAACUUCACUCGAAAAUUACUUCCGCCCUGCCGCCUUCCGACGCGGAAAACUCUAAAGCCAGUCGUCGCAUGGCUAUGCGGCUGCUGGUCGGGGACAUGGACUCGAACAACGGUACCUCUGGGCCUUUCCCCAUGGCAGGAAUGGGAGAGAUGAAGCGGGGAAAGCCUCCCGUGAACAACGGCCGCGUUUCACCUAGAACCGCAGGGCAGGCACCACCUCAGAAAAAGCCGGUCGGCGCUCCAAAGAAAAAGGUGGUGAAGAAAGCGCUGCCUAAAGCCCCUGCUGGAGACCCGAUGGAGGAGUUUUUCGCGAUCAUGGAGCAGUUUGUUGACGAGCCCGAGGAGAUGGAAUGCGUGAGACUGGCAGAGGUGUCCCGCGCGAAUAAAAACGCCAGCCGUAUGCAGAAACCUCAGAUGGGCGCUAGCUUUGACGGAUUUCAGACUGAUUUCGGCUUGGCCAAGAACGGAGUGAUGGAGAAGCAGACGCACAGCGGCCCCAUGGCUUUAGCCCCUGUCAGCCCGAAAGUCAUGCAGAAGACGCAAUUACCGAGGGCGGCGAGCCGCGAUUCUGAGAAGAGCCGUGUUCAAUCGGCGCACGCAAGGACGCACUCUGCGGGCGGUUUGAAUCUGAACUCGCUUUGGAACACCCCCGCGUCGCCAGCUGUCAAGGGUGGUGCUAUUCAGCGCACCAGCUCUGUCAAAGAGAGCAAUGAGAUGCAAUCAUUGGUCGACGCGCUUAAGGCGGAAAUCCGCGCAAAGGACAAGCUUCUCGAAGCUUCGGAGAAGGAGCAGCAGAUGCUGCAGGAAGAGCUGAAGCACGCGUGGCUUAACAGCGACGAGCUUCAGCGACAAUUGAACGACGCGGAGGCGCUCGUCUCGAAGUUACAGCACGAAAACGAAGUUCUGCGAUCAGCUAAGCGAGUGCUGACGACGUCGCCCACUGACCUGUCCCGGAGGCUAGCUGCUACGGAGUCGCGCAACGUCGAGUUGGCGGAGAAAUUGGCAGCACGCGAGAAGGAACUCGAAAUGACCAAGAUCGCACUUCAGCAGGCGGCGCAAGAGAGGGAUUCUCUCGCGGAGGAAAUGGAGGCGGCACUUGCAAGCUGGGCGGUUGACAGCCCCGCAACUCCUGACAGCGGCAUUUCGUCUGGAACCUUCUCGCAUUCGUCCUCCACGUCAUCAAACUCCAGCCCCACUUCAGCCGCCCAGGAUGAGGUGCAGCAACUCGCGAUGGCUCUCGACGGCGUGCAGCGGGAGCUUCGCGUGGUGCGAGGGGAGAGAGACGCACUGAUGGCAGCAGUGCGUCCCAGCGGGCGGGCGAUUGUGAACAACCCAGCUGGUCGCUCCCUACGGAAAUCCUCGUCAGCUUUGUCGGUGCCCCUCAGCCAGCACCAACAAUCGCCGACUGGGGCGGCACAGUUCAACUACAAGGCCAUUCGCCAGACUGUCGAUUCCAACCCACGUGUCCACUUCGCCGAGCCAAUCGCUUCUCGUCUCCCUCUCGCCUCCUCCGCGCCUUGCUAA